CCACUCGCUCCCAGGACCGCCGAACAAAUCGAACCCACCACCAACCCCCCCUUCCCCCAACUCAAAAACCGAACCUACCCAAACAGCACCACAAAGCCAAACAAAAGAUGGCCAGUCCCACCCAGCCCCAAGACAUAACAGCGCCCAUAACCCCAGCCCGCUUCGCCGCCGCGCUCAAGGACCUCUCGCCCGCCUCCCUACACCUGAAGGUGCUCGAGAUCCGCAACAGCCUGGCGCACCUGGCGCACUCGAACGCGCAGCUGCGGCCCUUUGCCGAGGGGGCGGUGGCCGCGAUCGGCGGGUCCCCGGGCGAGCCGGACGCCGACUGCGCCGAGGCGAUCCGCGAGAACGAGGCCGUCAUAGAGCGGAUGAGGGGCCGCAUCGAGCUCGUCCGCGCCGAGGUCGAGGGCAGGGGCAUGAGCUGGAGGGAGUUUGAGGCCAAGGACGAGCUCGAGGACGACGAGCCUGGUGUCGGCGUGGCCCCCGCGGCUGCUGCUCCUCCUCCCGCGGCUGGGGUGCCCGGGGCGGCGGCUGUGAACGGGGCGAAUGGCCAUGCUGAGGGCGCCGCUCCGUCGAGGGGUGGUGGUGGUGGUGGUGGUAGCAACCCCUGGGAGGACGGGACGUUCCAGACUGGCGUCAUCAGGAACGGCGAGAUACAUAUGGAUGCCACUCCCAACAGGCAGGGAAGCGGUGCGGCACCGAUGCAGACGAACGGCGCCGGUGGUGGCAGCGGCGGCGGCGGGAGGCUCACGGACGAGGAGCUUCGUCGCAGGCUAGAGGAGCGGCUCGCGGAGGACGAUGACGACGAGGACGGGGGCUUGCAUUUGUGAUAACCGGCAGGAUCUAUGAUGAAUGGUUUUUGUUCAUGUUUGCUAGUCAUAAGGGAGCAUCAUAGGCGUUUGAGGGGAAAAGCGAAGGAGGCCACGGUCUGGCCCCGACAGCUGGAGGGCAAAUGGGAAAUGUCGCGUUCGAUACCCGGACAAUGAGAUCACAAUACUAUGGCCACAA